ACUACGCAUGCUCCACCAGGGGAGCAUGCGCGGAUCUGGGGGGAAGGGGUGUUGUAUAUUCAUGAGCUAUGCAAAUAUAGCUCAUUCAGUUCAGCACUUUUACAAAAGGCCAGCAACAGCCUGCUGCCUCCUGAUUGGCCAGGACGCAGCAGGAGCUGUUGCCGGCCGAGAGUUACAUUUGAUUGGACAGGGGACUUGACAGCUGUUGCUGCCCAGUCCCCGGUCUCCUAUUGGCUGUUAUAUUUCGUUCACGUUGUAUAAAUACCUUGGCGCGUGCAGCGCCUGUUCGAAUCGCUGUCACUUCGUUCUUCCGUUUGAAUAAACCUUGUUCUUGUUGGUUAACCCUGGCUCUCGCAUCCUUCAUUUCCCAAUCUUCAAAAACGACAUCACGUGAGUGCCAUGUGCAACUCCAUUGACAUUGUUUGUAGGCAGUUAGCAAAGGUGUAAAUGAUGGUUGCGUGAUCACUGAAUGCUGCAACAUUCACAAUUUUGAGGACCGGCCAUACGUUUCCUAUUCAGAGCUGUCAUAAUUUUAAACCAUCACUGAACAAAUGGUCAUUAACCAAAGACUAUCCAUAGAAGGUUCUUUACACCUCCUUUCAACUCUGCACCACCACAAGGGGGGUACAUCUCAUAUUUUUUUUAAAAACCUGGCAUAGAGGAACCAGCAUGCUGCUCCUCAAAAAAAGAGUCAAGAUAAAAUCCGAUCUUGCACCACCUACUAUUUAUAUAUGCUAACUCCAUAUACUAUUCUGAGGGGGUGGAAUUAUGUGAUUGGUAAGCCCGGAUGCUGUCUUGAUUGCACAUAAUCAAUUUAAAAAUACCUAUAUUAGGUACGCUCGUGUGUUUUUAAAUUUUAUUUUUCGUGGUAAACCUUUUAAAAAUCUAUCAUGUGCUGAAAUAUUCCUGAUUACGCCACAAGGCUCCUUAACCAAAGGGUAACGUUGAAUCAAGGGAACGAAAACGCAGCGGAGGCAGGCAGACGAAAAGAAACCGUCGUCACGGGCUCGGAGUUCCGCAACUGCUGGCCACACGGGGGCGCCGCUCCCACAGCCAAAAUCUUCCGGCAUCUCAAUUGCCAAGCUCAGCGUCUUGGCCCAAAAUGCCCGGGUCCUGCUCGGAGAUCAAGCUGCGGGGAAGAUCCUGGCUGUCCUGGGCCCUCUGGGGCAGCUUGGCUCUGGCUCCGGCUUGCGGGUACGUGAUCGUGAAUUCGGUCUCCUGGUCGGUGCCAAACGAGGUGGAAGAAGAGCUGGACAGCUCCUCCAACGAAGAGGCUCUCCCCGCCCUCCUUGAAGACACCAGCAGUAUUUGGAAGCAGAGCUACCCGGCCUCGGUGUACAAAGAAGAGGAGAUGCGAACCCGGCCGGAAACGGGGAGGUCGAAGCAAAUCUCUUCGCCGUCGCGGAUGUUUUCUUACCGGAGGGAGGGCUCCAAAGGACCAGACAGCCCAGCGCUUCCUCUGGAGCAAGCAGCCAGAACGGCCCGGUUCCUGAUGCAUCGCCACGGCUGGGGCUUCUUGGCCACGAUAUCAACCCAAGAAAAGAUCAAGGGGGCACCAUUUGGGACUUGUUUAUCUAUCAGUGAUGGCCCCACAGACAACAGCACUGGGAUUCCUUACUUUUACAUGACUCCAAAGGAUAAAACUGUAGCUGAUCUGGUGAAAAAUUCAAUUGCUUCAUUGACAUUACCUGAAGCAGAAGGAGAUUUUUGCAGAAAAUCAAUUGUUGACCCUGAUGACCCAAGGUGUACCAGGCUAACUUUUAUUGGAAAGAUGGUUACAGUGCCUCCAGAAGAACUGGAAUCUGCCAAGCAAGCUCUGUUUUCUAGGCACCCCAUAAUGAGAAAAUGGCCUCGCAAUUAUGAAUGGUUCUUUAUGAAAAUGAAUAUUGAACAUAUAUGGCUACAGGACUGGUAUGGAGGAAUUACAAUUAUUACUUUGGAGGAAUAUUUCAAAGCAGUUCCUAGUGAAACAUAAUUGAAUUUUUAAGUAUGAGAAUUCAGCAUUUUCAUAUUUAAUUCAGAACAAAGAGUUUUAUAUACUAGGUUAUCGGGUAUUUAUUUAAUAUUUUUGUGCAAAGUUUUGAAUGUGGCUCCAUGUUAACUGAAGCAAAAUUACUUUUGAACAUUAGAAAAAAACCUGCAGAUGUUAAACAGUCUGGAGACAGAUCAUACUAAGUUAUUGUUUAAGAUGUUUUCAAUACUUUUGGAUUUUUAUAAAUACGAAUCUCACAAGAUCUAUUGAAAUAAUACAAUCUAAAACUAGGCAGAAAUUCCAAACCUAUAUGUAAUGAGUGGUAUAAUGAUUGAUAUAUUAAUGUCCCUAACUGCUUGUAAUCAAAUAUCUAAUAAUAUAUUUUAUAUAUGUUGCAUUUUAAUUAAAUGUAUAUUACAGAUUUAAUUUUUCCAUAGCUACAGGUUUAUCUUUUAAAUGAUUUAGAAAGAGCUUUAUGAAAAAAAAUAGAAAAAAAGCUAAGAUCUGAAACUUUCCAGAAAUGAUUAGAUAAUUUACUUCACUUCAUUAUCUCAGACUAACAAAUACAGCUGGCAGUUAUUGUUCUGCAUGUAAAUAUUAAGCUAUUGUACAAAACCCUUACUUCUCAGAACUUCCUUGCUUCAGGAAAAAGAGAUCUGAAGUUAUUACUUCAUUUCCAAUAUUAUAUUUUUGCUAUUGUUUAAGUCUGAAUAAGCUACAGAGUGUGUUAACAAUACUCAGUGUUAACUGUGAAUUUUAAAUAAUGGUUUAUGUUUAUUUAUUUAUUUAAUUGAGUGAUUGAUUGAUCAAUCGAUUUAUUGACUUGUACCCGUCCAUUUUACAUUUGUGAGUUCGGAAGGUGACCAAGAAAAAUUAUAAAUGAAAACAUUAGCUAGCUGAUCAUUUAAAACCAGCACUAAAAUUUAAGCCGUAAUCAACUAAAUUUUUGAUACAAUAUGAAUCAUUAGAAAUAUUAAUUCCAGGAGUAGAGGCCAAGCACAAUUUAUGAGGAAUUGUGGGAAAUAAACAAAAGGCCAUUUCCUGCAUGACAGAAAGAUAAACCAGCGGGAAUAUCUUCAAGAAGGCUAUUCCUGCUGGUCCCUUUUUAAUAUGCAUGGUAAUAUUUUUAUUUUAUUUAUUUAGUUUGUCACUC